UUUCCCAACACAAACAUCAGUACAUGCUUAAAUCCCUCACAUUCUCCUAAGCCUAACUCAGCUCACUCUCUCUCUCUCCCUGACACAAACAACAAUGUCACCUUCAUCACCACUACCACAACCAUUUCCUUUACCAUUCUUCUUCACUCUCCUCCUCCUCUUCUCCAACGCCGCCGCCGCCGCCACCAACACCACCACCAAAACUCACUCUCCACCUAUCUCUCUCCCACCUACACCCUCACCCAAAUCUUCUCCAACUCCAACCAUACCCUCCCCUGAAUCUUCUCCAACUCCAACCACACCUUCUUCACCUUCACCUUCAUCACCCUCUUCCUCUUCUUCCUCCACUCUAGACCCAAAACAACUGAGAGCCUUACAAUCCCUCAACAUCCCAACUUCCAAAGACCCUUGCCAACCCAAAAACAAUGCCACUUUACUUUGUGACUCUUCCAAACCUUUUCGUCACCUCCUCUCUCUCACUCUCUCAAACUGUUCCUCAGACGAUGUAGCUCUCUCCUUCACUGCCCUCAAAUCUCUCUCUUCUCUUCACUCUCUCUCCUUCCUCAACUGUCCCAUCUCCCCCAUUCGCUUUCCCUCUGACCUUUCUUCCUCUCUCCACUCCUUCACUUGCAUCAAGUCCCUCAAAAGACUCACUGGUGUCUGGCUCUCUCGCCUCCAAAACCUCACUGACCUCACUAUCUCUUCCACUAUCAUCAGUGCCUCUGGCCCUUUUGUCAUUCUCGGCAACAUGAAGAAACUCACUUCCAUUACCAUCUCACACGCCAAUCUCACCGGUUACAUUCCAAAACACUUGAAUCUGAACUUUACCCACAUCGAUCUUUCAGCUAAUAAGCUCAGAGGAAAGAUACCCACUUCGGUUACACUACUUGAAAACCUCGAGUCUUUAAAUCUUUCAUCGAAUGCGCUUGAUGGUGAAAUACCCACUUCGUUUGGGGACCUGAUUUCGCUGAAGAACGUGUCUUUAGCAUCCAACUCGUUGUCAGGUUCGAUCCCAGACUCGAUGUCAGCUAUACCAGGUUUGGUUCAUGUUGAUCUGAGCUCAAACCAGUUCAAUGGGACUAUUCCGAGGUUUCUCUCUGAGUUGAAGAGCUUGAAGUACUUGAAUCUAGCAAACAACGAGUUUCAAGGGGUAAUGCCUUUCAACGGGAGUUUCAUUAAGAGGUUGGCUGUGUUUAAGGUUGGUGGGAACACUAACUUGUGCUAUAACCAUUCGGUUCUGUCAUCAAAGUUGAAGCUUGGGAUUGCGCCUUGUGAUAAGCAUGGGUUGCCUAUGUCACCACCGGCCUCUAAGGCGGAUUCUUCAGCAGAUGAAAGUAGCAGUGAUUCGGAUUAUGAUGAGAGUGAUGGGAGUGAUUCAAGUAACAAGAAGGAGCAUCAUCAUGGACCAAGUAAGGUUGUUCUUGGUGUGGCAAUUGGGCUUUCUUCUAUAGUCUUUCUUAUUGUUUUCCUAGUUCUUCUCUCAAAAUGGUGUCGUUAAAGAAAGGAGAAGAACCAUUUUUUGCUUUUUUGCUUUUAUUUUUUAUAAUUUUAUUUUUUGGUUACUUAUUAGAUUAGGGAAAUAUUGGUUGUUAGAGAUGAGUUUGAUUCAUUUAUUAUAUACACUUUAAUGAUGAAGAAGAGUAGGUGCAACGGUAAAAAAAACAAAAAACAAAAAAAAGGAGAGAGCAAUCAUUGAAUUGGUGUGUUAUUUUUUUUGCUGAUGUGAUCAUUUGAUGGGGGAAAAAGAGUAGUGGGGUUUCAAUUUGUCUGAUAGGUGUAUUCACUUGGUUGCAUUAUUAAUGUGCCAUAGAGGGGAAAGUCGUUGGUGUUUUAUUCCUGAGUAUGUACUUUUUUCUUGAGCUACACGCAUUUACCUUUUCACACUUAUAUAUUAGUCAGCUACUCAAUUCAUCCUUAUGAGCUUAAA